AUGGCAACAUCAUCAUCAUCAGUAGUACUGUUUAGUGGAUAUUUAUAUCCAGUUCAAGCCUUUCCGUCAUUGGGAAAUCAUCAUCAUGAAGAAGAUAUUCUCUUUUCUUCAAAUCCCUCCACAAGCCCAUCUUCAUCGUCCAUCAUCAUUAACAAUUCAUCAUCUUCCAUCAUAAAUGAUUCCGUAUCAGAUAUUCUCAAUGAAGUAGAUUCACCCUCUCGCUCCAAUUUACAAUUCGGAAAAAGGAAAUGGUUUGAAAUUAGAAAUGAUUAUCACUUGUAUCAAUACCGAACAAGAAGAGCCUCUUCAUCAUUCCAUAGUCCUUCUCAGAACCUUAACCUCAGCAACAAGAGUAAUAAUAAUAACAACAGCAACAAUAGUAAUGAAGGAGUAUCAACCACCAUGGUUGGAUCCAAUCCUCCCACUGCCUAUGAAAUGAAAACUAAUUUAUUACAAUAUCACCAUAUCCUUCCGGUUAAUCAUGUCACUUAUUCGCAGAGAAGUUUUAAUGAAAAUAUUAUGGAAAUAUAUUCACAACAAUCGCCAACGUAUCGAUCGCCGUUAGUGGACUCUUCGUCGGAAGAGUUUGGAGAAGACUCGUCGGCAUUGUCUUUGUCCGUUCAGGAUUCUGAACAGCAACUCCGUACUACCACAAUGACGAGUGCUGCUUCCAAUAGAGCUCGUUCAUCGAGCUGUGGAAACGAAAAUGAACCUCAAUCCAUUCCAUGUGAUGAGGAAUUGAUCAAUGAAGCUGCUGAGGGAAUGAUGGUGAAUAAUUCUUCGCCCAUGCUGCUCCAGAAACGUUACAUGCUCUGUUGCAAGAGUGACGAUCAACAAGAGAUCUUGCUGCUUGCGACAAAUUCAGAGCAAAAGAGAAGUGAGUGGAUUUGUGUCUUGAAACACAUUCUUCAUCUUGGAUUUUCAGAGAGAAAUACGGUUCGAUUCCAAAGUUUGGGAGGUAAUGUACUCAUUCCAGUAGAUCCUUCGCUUACUGUGCAUGAAAUUCAACCUUCUACUGCCACCACAAAUACUACCACUCCUUCCCCUCUCAGCACUCUCUCCAUUGGAAAUGCAUUCAAUAUUGAAUCAUUGAAGAAUGAGGUUGCUCUUUAUAUUGCAAAAUUAUCAGAAAAAAUUCGACAAAAUGAAAGAAAGAAAAAGGAACGAGAAGAACGAAAUUAUAUUCAACAACAACAAUCACUGCUGUUGAAAGAAUCCAUCAAAGGACUUUCAUCCUUUUCUACACAGUCACAACAAAAAAUUGAAACCAACACUGCUACCACAAACUUUAAAAGUCUGAAUGCAGACCGAAUUUUCCAUAUUGAAUCUCUGUGUGAAGAAAUUAAUCAGACAAGACUCGAUUUAUUGGAAGAAAAACUACGAGUAUUGACAGAAACGAACUGGAAAGACAACAUUUCCUGUACCUACACUCUCCCCUACACAAACAAACCCUCCACAAAACCCCUCUUUCACUAUUUAUUAAUUAUUGAAGAAUACAUUCGAGAGAAAUCACCCCUAUAUUUCCAAAAAUCCAUUCAGUUUGUUCGAUUAUUGCUGUACUUUGAAUGGAGACAUUUAGUGCUCUCACUAAAUGAAAUUAGCAAAGAACUUGCCAGGUGGAGCUCUGAAAAUUUAAAACAACUCGAUACUCUUUACUCACAGAGCUUUGAAUAUAACACGGCGAAAAAGUCGCUAAGUAGCACCUAUAACGAAAUGUAUAGUCGAUAUAACAUGUAUACACAAGCAUUUGGCGUGACCAAUGAUGGAAGUCAAUUAAGGCUUGAUUCCAACACAUCUUCUGCGUUGAAUAGUAUGCGACAAACCAAACAAGAGUUAUAUGCAAGUUUAGCAGAUGCUUCGAUCAAGUUGAAACAAACGAAUAAUCAAAUCAGUUUGAACAUGUAUCAACUUGGUCUCAUUGAAAAUUUACUCAUCAAAGUGGUCAAUGCCCAGAAAGCAUCUGUCACUUGUUUGAGAUAUGGCCAACUUGUCACGAAUAGUGUUCCACAAAGAUUAUUUGUACUCGAUGAAAACUUUGAAACAGAGCGUGACAUUCGAAAUCUCAUUGAUUUGCCAAGCAAGAGCGACGCUAUUGAUAUUUGCUUUUUAAAAUUAUCAAGUAGACAUAUUAUUGAAAAAUUUAAGAGUAGAAUAGAGAGAGGAGAUGACUAUCUUCUCCAACUCAAACAACAAAAAGAAGAAAUUCUUGCAGAGAUCAAGUCACAACAACUUGCAUCAUCCGAGGAGAGAAAAAAGCAUGCCUCUCAAAUGAUCAAACAAAUGCAACAACGUCUCCGAUCAAGCCUUACGUCAGGUCCAAAUUCUAAUUAUUUCUGCACUCAAAUUCAUCAAUAUGUACAAAAGUUCCUCAAUAGUCCAGUUAAUUCCACAAUGGGCUUACCAAAACUUCAGGAUUUGUUGAAAAAUUUGACGGAUAAGGUGAUUUCAUUGAUGAAAAUUACACUCAAUUGGUAUCAAAUUUAUGAAGUGUUGGAAUCCAUGAUUUUUGAAUAUACCUCCCAAACUCGAGGAAUGAUUAUGUACGACUGUUGUCUCGUUCAAGUGAAAAAUGAAAUGAGAAUGAUGGAUGAAAAUUUCUACACCAAAUGUCAAGAAGUUUCACACAAGCUGGUUGGACAAUUACUACUCGAAAGUAAGAAAAUUGAUGAUAAGGAUCUCAAUGAAUCUGAGUUUAGACAGUUUGUCAUUGAGGAAGAAAUUGUAAAAUUUAAAGAAGACUAUCGAGUUCCCAUCGAAUUAAUCAAAUCUCUCUCAGAGGAUUACCAUGACAAAGUUUCGGACACUAAACCCUACAAUCCCUCUGCCAAGUUGUCGAUCAUCACACAAGCAGCUCGAGAAGUGAUGAAUAAGAUUUACUUUUCAAAAACAAAGAUCAGGUCAGAAAUUGAUCAGCAUGUGUCUGCCGAUGAUUUCGUACCCAUGUUUAUUUGUGUGAUUUGUACAGCUGCUAUCCGAGACAUGUUCACACAAAUUGGAUUUAUUAAGGAGUUUGCUUUUGGGGAUUAUUUAGUUGGAGAACAAGGCUUCUUUUUGAGCAGUUUAGAAUCUUCAGCGAUUUUUAUUAUGAACUUUGAAGAUGAUAAUUACAAGGUUAUUUAA